AUACUUCAACUUUGCAAAAAGUAAAUUGUUAUCAGUAAUCUUUCACUUCCAAAUACAAGAAAUUGAGAGUGAACUCUGAAAAUAAAAUGGAAAAGAAACAUAACAUAGAUGAAUUCAAAGGCCAAACAAGAUUACCCAAUUUUGCAAUUCCAAAAAAAUAUGAACUUCACUUAACACCUAAUUUUUCAUCAUGCAAAUUUUCAGGCACAGUGAAAAUCAACCUCUCCAUCAAUGAAAAAACCAAGUUUCUUGUCUUAAACUCCUUGGAACUUGCUAUUCAAACUACUAGCUUCACCAACUCUUAUGGCAAGUAUACUCCAUGUGAUGUUGUUCAAGAUGAUGAGGAUGAUAUACUUGUACUUGUGUUUGAUGAAUCACUUUGUGUUGGAGAAGGUUUCUUGGUGAUUGAGUUUUCUGGUGUCCUCAAUGAACAUCUUAGAGGAUUCUAUAGAUGUACUUAUGUGGAUGGAGAAGUGAAGAAAAAUAUGGCAGCAACACAGUUUGAGGCAGUAGAUGCAAGAAGGUGUUUUCCAUGCUAUGACGAACCUGCUUUAAAGGCAACUUUCAAGGUAACACUUUCUGUGCCAUUGGAGUUAACAGCAUUAUCUAAUAUGCGAGUUGAAAAUGAAAAGCUAGAUGGUGAAUUAAAGACUGUUUAUUUUGAGGAGUCUCCUCUCAUGUCAACUUAUUUGGUGGCUGUUGUCGUCGGCUUAUUUGAUCAUAUUGAGGAUACAACUACUACAGGGGUCGUGGUUGGUGUAUAUUGUCCUGUUGGAAAGAGCGAUCAGGGGAAGCUUGCAUUGGAUAUAGCGGUGAAGUCACUAGAAAUAUAUACCAAGUACUUCUCAGUGCCUUAUCCACUUCCCAAGCUGGAUCUAGUUGCAGUUCCUGAGUUUUCUGCAGGAGCCAUGGAAAAUUACGGUUUAAUCGUAUAUAGAGAAAGUGAUCUACUUUACCAUGACUUGCACUCUCCGCCGUCUAAGAAGCAAAGAAUAACAAUUGUGGCAGCACAUGAAGUAGCUCACCAAUGGUUUGGAAAUUUGGUAACUAUGGAAUGGUGGACUCAUUUAUGGCUAAAUGAAGGUUUUGCGACGUGGAUAAGUUUUAUGGUCACCAACAUCUUAUAUCCAGAAUGGAAUAUUUGGAGUCAGUUUCUUCUAGAAACUUCUAAUGGUUUACAAAUGGAUGCACUGGAAAAAUCACAUCCAAUUGAGGUAGAAAUACAUCAUGCACGCUCCGUUAUUGAAAUUUUUGAUGCUAUCAGCUAUGAGAAAGGAUCUGCUGUAAUUAGAAUGUUGCAAGGUUACCUUGGAGAAGUUACAUUUCAGAAAUCAUUAAGCACAUAUAUAACAAGAUAUCAAGCCAAAAAUGCAAGAACGGAAGAUCUAUGGAAUGUUCUUUCAGAAGUAUCCGGUGAACCGGUGAACUUAAUGAUGAACGCUUGGACAAAGAGCACCGGAUAUCCAGUCAUUCAUGUUCAAUUAACAGAUAACAUUUUGGAAUUCAAACAGUCGCGAUUCCUUUUAUCCGGUGUUCAAGUCGAUGGACAGUGGAUUGUUCCGAUUACCUUGUGUGUUGGUUCAUAUGAAAGACAGAAAAAAUUUCUUUUGGAGAGUCGCGAUGGAAGGGUGGAUAUAUCCGAACUGGUUCAUUAUAUUGGUGAUGAUGUAAAUUCAAAUGAAAAGAAGCAUGAAGAGGAUAGUAAAGAAAAUCUAUGGAUCAAAGUCAAUGUUGAUCAAAGUGGUUUUUAUAGGGUGAAUUAUGAAGACAAGCUCGCAAUUCGAUUGAGGAAAGCUUUACAAAACAACUACUUGCUUCCUACUGAUAAAUUCGGCAUUUUGGACGAUGGAAACGCUCUAUGUCAGGCUUGCGAACAGUCACUGUCAUCUUUGCUUAUGUUAGUGGAUGCUUAUCGAAAAGAGUUAGAUUAUGUUAUUGUAUCGAGACUGAUUGAAGUUUGUUAUGAUGUUCUGAAUAUCGCCAUUGAUGCCAUUCCAGGUUCGGUGAAUGAAUUGAAGCAAUAUUUUAUCAACCUUCUCAUGUAUUCUGCAGAACGGUUAGGUUGGGAUUCGAUAUCUGGAGAAGACCAUUCUAAUUCACUUUUGAGGGGAGAAGUUAUUAAGGCCUUGGCUACCUUUGAUCACGAUAAAACUCAACAAGAAGCACUACGCCGUUUUCAGAUUUUGUUGAACGACAGAAACACUUCUCUGCUUUCGGCCAACACCAGAAAGGCUGCUUAUGUAGCUGUGAUGAGAAGUACUGCUGGUGAAAGUAGGACAGCAUUUAAGUCCCUAUGGAGUUUCUAUAAGAGCAAUGAUGUUUUGCAAGAAAGGGACGAUAUAUUGCGUUGUAUUGCAUCAAGUACAGACCCAAAUGUUGUUCUAGAGGCUCUGAAUCUUUUGUUGUCUGAUGAGAUUCCAGAUCAAGAUAUCAUUUAUGUACUAGGAGGAAUAAGCUUAGAAGGCAGUGGAAUUGCAGUAAGAUGGUUGAAGGAUAAUUGGGAAAGAAUCUUGGUCAAAUAUGGUGCUGGACUCUUACUCACCAACUUUAUAAGCCAAAUAGUUCCAUUGGUUAACAGCAAUGAGGAAGCAGAUGAGAUAGAAGCAUUUUUUGGCAGCCGUAUGAACCCUUCCAUCAGUCUGAACUUGAACUUAAGCAUCGAGAAGAUCCGUAUCAAAGCAAGGUGGAUUGAGAGUGUAAAGCAAGACCACUCUCUGCCAGACUUAAUCAAACAACUGAGUCUGAGGAAAUGAUAUCUUUGAUAUUAAUUUCCUAUUCUGUUCUAGUAAUAAAAACUCCUAGAGCCUAAAAUAGCUCUAAAAUUUGUUUCACCCUAAAAUUUGUCCUCUCUUUUUUGCUUUUUCAUCUAACCUGUAACCUGAGACCCAUCUAACCUCAUUCAUGUCUCGUUCAUGUUCAUCAUUUAUUCAUGGUUAACAUUGACUAACAAACAUCAUAGAUUCUAGGUUCUUGGUUAACAAAGCAGGUUUGGAUUGAAGAUUCUGGUAUUGCUCAUCAUGUGGGUUGCAACCCUAAUUCUUGAUCUUGAGGGACCUUGCUGCUUGGCCUCCGUGCAUGAACUGAACUUCUAAACCCUAGUUGUGGGUCCAUCAGAGAAAUUGUUGGUGGAGCUUUGUGUUUGGUUUAAAACCCUAAUCAGGGAUAAUUGUUGUUCAAAUACCUUGCUUAGUAGACGCUUGGAUUGGUGAUUAAUCAAAGUCCUAGUUGAUAGGCACUCGAGUCCUUGGAGUUGGGAUGUUGGAGUUCAGUCCACCUAGAACCCUAGCUUGUUGGUUCAUAAGGGUUGUGAGCCUCAUUACUUGGUCAGUGUGAUAUGCAUCAUGUCAUUCAUUAAGUUCACCAGAGGAUUAUGGAUUCAUAGUGUUAAUCAUUCGAAUCACCCGCUUGAUCCUUUACUCCAUAUGUCUUGUUGCAUUGAUUCAUUAGUACCUUCGUACUUCCAUCCAUUUCCUUUGAUCAGGGCUCAACUCAAUUCAAAGUCUCGUGAUCUUUUGGAUCCAUUGGGUCACUGCACAUCGUCCUUAAAGUCAUCAUUGUGUCACCCACUGCAGGAUAUGUGGUUCAGGAUAUGUGUUCAAAUUUGGAUUUAAUGUCGUUUAAAUUUCCAUGUGAAACUGUAUCUGAUCAUUGCAUUCAGUAUAAGUGUCCAUAAUCAUUUAAUCAUGGAUCCCAGAUGAUUUUGAAUUCAAGUUAAUUUUGUUAAUUAAAGUCAAAGUUGGAGAUUCAAGAUGAUUUUGGAUUCAGGUUAAUCUUGUUAAUUCAAGUCAAAUUUGGAAAUUCAAGAUGAUUUUGAACUCAAGUUAAUUUUGUUAAUUCAAGUCAAAUUUGGAAAUUUAAGGUGAUUUUGGAUUCAAAUAGAUUUUGUUAAGUCAAGAUAAAUUUGGGAUUUCAAGUUGAUGUUCGGAAUCGUUUUUCUUAAUGGGCCAUUAAGGUGUUGUCCUAGAGUGAGCCCAUUCUUUGUUUUUAUACCCUAUUCCUACCCAAUUCACUGUUUCGACUAGGACAAUCACAAAUAUGUUAAAUACCGGUUAUUCUUCACAACAAUGAAUCACAACUUCUAAUA